UAGUACAGUGCAGGUACUCUUGGCACAGUCUAAAGUAUUGAAAAUCCAGGUAGCUUCAGGCUUGCUGUCUGAGGACAAUGGUAUAGUUCAGUGAGUACUAACCUCACACAGUGAGAAGUGUGCCUCAUACAGUGAUGUGCAGGUCCAGGUUGCUUUUCAGAGUUGUAGAUAUGUUUGCGUCUAGCUUAGAACAUUCUCACACUAAUACGAUAACACACCAGUUGUAGGUCAGUAAUGCCCUUUCUAAGUUGGCUAUCUAAACUGCAUCUUAUGUUCUUAAGAGAUUGUUAAACUGAACUAUUCUGUGCAAUGGCACAUGUGUGCCCAUUUUCCUUGGGGGAGAAGGGCAGUAUGACAGCAGUGAAAUCUGAUCCUACUUUUCUGGUUUCUUCUCUCAUAGAAACCAUGGCGAGUCCCGCGAAGGAUAAGGAUAACUAUCGAAUGAAGAGUUACAAAAACAAAGCCCUAAACCCUGAGGAAAUGCGUCGGAGAAGGGAAGAGGAGGGGAUCCAACUACGCAAACAGAAACGAGAGCAACAGCUAUUUAAAAGGAGAAAUGUGGAACUUAUUAAUGAAGAUGCUGCCAUGUUUGAUAGCCUCCUCAUGGAUUCCUAUGUCAGCACGGCCACAGCUGGGGAGGGAGUGAUCACGAGAGAGAUGGUAGAGAUGCUUUUCUCAGAGGACCCUGAUCUGCAGCUAGCGACCACCCAGAAAUUCAGGAAACUGCUCUCCAAAGAGCCGAAUCCUCCGAUAGAUGAAGUGAUAAAUACUCAGGGAGUGGUGGACAGGUUUGUUGAAUUCCUGAAGAGAAGUGAAAAUUGCACACUACAGUUUGAAGCGGCGUGGGCUUUGACGAAUAUUGCAUCAGGAACCUCCCAACAAACAAAAAUAGUCAUUGAGGCAGGGGCAGUUCCUAUCUUCAUAGAACUGUUAAACUCGGACUUUGAGGAUGUCCAGGAACAGGCUGUCUGGGCGUUGGGGAACAUCGCUGGAGACAGCUCUGUGUGUAGAGAUUAUGUUCUUAACUGCUCUAUUCUUCCUCCCUUGUUACUGCUCCUCACCAAGUCCACCAGGUUGACUAUGACUCGAAAUGCUGUCUGGGCCUUAUCAAACUUGUGCAGAGGGAAGAACCCACCACCUGAAUUUGACAAGGUGUCUCCUUGCUUGCCGGUAUUAUCCCGAUUAUUAUUCAGCAGUGACUCCGACUUGUUGGCAGAUGCCUGCUGGGCACUCUCCUACCUAUCAGAUGGCCCCAAUGAGAAAAUCCAAGCAGUAAUAGACUCCGGGGUGUGUCGGCGACUGGUAGAGCUGUUAAUGCACAAUGAUUAUAAAGUAGCUUCUCCAGCUUUGCGAGCUGUAGGCAACAUUGUGACAGGUGAUGACAUCCAGACCCAGGUGAUCCUGAACUGCUCAGCUCUGCCUUGCCUGCUUCAUUUAUUAAGCAGCCCCAAAGAGUCUAUCCGGAAGGAAGCUUGCUGGACCAUUUCUAACAUCACAGCUGGAAACAGGGCUCAGAUACAGGCAGUCAUAGAUGCAAACAUUUUCCCAGUGCUGAUAGAAAUCUUACAGAAAGCAGAAUUCCGCACAAGGAAAGAGGCAGCCUGGGCCAUCACGAAUGCGACAUCAGGAGGAACCCCAGAGCAGAUCAGGUACUUGGUAAACCUAGGCUGUAUCAAACCUCUGUGUGACCUGCUGACUGUCAUGGACUCCAAGAUUGUUCAAGUGGCCCUGAAUGGCCUGGAGAAUAUCCUGCGGCUCGGUGAGCAGGAGGCCAAGCAAAGUGGCACUGGCAUCAACCCCUACUGCAGCCUCAUUGAGGAAGCCUAUGGCUUGGAUAAAAUAGAGUUCCUGCAGAGCCAUGAGAACCAGGAAAUCUACCAGAAGGCCUUUGAUUUGAUUGAGCACUACUUUGGAGUAGAGGAUGACGACUCCAACCUGGCUCCCCAGGUAGACGAGAACCAGCAGCAAUUCAUCUUCCAGCAGCCUGAGGCCCCUAUGGAAGGCUUCCAGCUAUAAUGUGUUCAGAUGGGGAAGGACACCACAAACUUGCCAGAAAUCAACUGG